AUCCAGUGCGCAAAGAAAGCUGGCAAUUCGCGGUGUCUCCAGUCUCGAGCAAUAAAUUGCUCGGUACUCUCCAAUAAAAACGACUUUUAUAAAAUUUCCACACGACAAAAUUUAUCUCGAGAUUUUCCUGGAAUUUUUCUUCGAAUCUCGUGUUUUCUCGUUACAAAAUUUAAACAAGUAAGCACGUUCUCGGAAUUCUACACGGCUCAAAGCUUCUUCAACUUUGCGAUUAAAAUAAAUAAAUAGUUAGAAUAUUUUUUAUUUCUUUUAAUAAGUUUUAUCAUAAGAUAGUACGUAUUUAUUCGAAAAAUAAAAGUAUAUUCUACAUUCAUAUUUUUAAAAAAAUAUUAAGCAAAUAAUCAAUAAAGAUGAUUGUUUAGAUAAUGAAUUAUAUUGUAUUAAUAAAUUUUCGAAAUUAUAAAAAUAGUUCUAAUUUCUAAUUAGAAUAAUAUGUUCUAAUUUUCAUAAGAAUUAUAAACUUGUCCUAAUUCUUUUAAUAUUGUCGAUUAGAGAUCUUUUAGGGAGUAAAAUCCUAUUUAAAAUGAAUCACGUGUUCCAUUUUAGAAAUUUGAUUCAAUCUAAUUUUUCUUUUAUUUGCUAAUCCUUCAUUUAUAUAUCGCAUUCUUUACUAAAAGAAAACUUCGUCUGGAAAAGAUUUUAAUAAACUUUUGUGUUUCAGGUUUAAUCAUUUCUUAUUUUAGACACUUUUAAAGAGCUUAUUCUAAAAGUCAAAAUAAAUAUAAAAAUUUAUAUACAAUGAUGUCGAUUGAAUUUUAUUUAUUAAGUUAUAAGUAAUUAAAGUUUGCGUUAGAUGAAGCAAGAUACAGACAGCUCUAAUAUUUAUAAAAAUUGAUAUUAAGAAAUAUAUGUAUAAAAUACGAUUUAUUUUACUAUUUCAAACGAAAUUAUUCGUAAAAUCCUACAUUAAUCGAAGAACUAAAAUUACUUUCUCCCAUUUACCUAUUUCAAAUUUUAUUUACCUGUUUUUCUCUAUUCUACGAAAGAAACUCCGAUUCUCAAGUGCAGAAAUUAUUCCACUAUUAACAAUUAAAAAGAAAAAAAAAGAACAAAGAUAGAAAUAAACGAAGAAGAAAGAAAUGCACAGAUCGAACUACGUAUUGCACGUAUUCCGUAUUUACCUGAUCGCGUUUCACGCCGUUAUCUGUCGCGAUUUUUCCGAGCUCCAAUGAUAAGAAUAGUCCGUGCUCUUUUUUACCGUCCAAUCUGACGGAAAGAAUAUAAGGAACCGCAUGAUCGCGCGCCGUAUCAUUCAAAUCAUGAAGAGCUUCGUCGUGGUUGUACUUCUGCUCGCGGUCGGCCUUGGCGCCGGCCAAAAUAACAAGGGUUGGUGGAAGAAUGCUGUCUUCUAUCAGAUAUAUCCCCGCAGUUUCAUGGAUUCCAAUAAUGAUGGCAUCGGGGAUUUGCAAGGUAUUAAGGAUAAGCUUUCACACUUCACGGAAUCUGGAAUAACAGCGAUAUGGUUAUCACCAAUUUAUCGAAGUCCUAUGGUAGAUUUUGGAUACGACAUAUCUGACUUUAAAGAUAUAGAUCCAAUAUUUGGCACUACAGAAGAUCUUCAAGAUCUCACUGCAGAAGCGAAGAAACGGAAUUUAAAGGUUAUUCUAGAUCUCGUUCCUAAUCAUACUUCUGAUGAGCAUAAUUGGUUCCAACUGAGUGUGAAUAAGACUGGAAAAUAUAAAGAUUAUUACGUAUGGGUUGAUCCGAAAAAUGGAACAGAUCCAAUUGAAAAAAGGUAUCCUAAUAAUUGGCUUAGUGUAUUCAAUGGUACAGGAUGGACAUUCAACGAAAUUAGGCAACAAUUUUAUUUCCAUCAAUUUUAUAAAAAACAACCAGACUUGAACUACAGAAACCCGGAAGUGAGAAAAGAGAUGAAGAGUGUAAUGGAAUUUUGGUUGAAUAAUGGAAUUGAUGGAUUCCGCAUAGAUGCUAUACCACAUAUAUACGAAGUCGAAAACAUAUCAUUAAAUGAACCACCUAUCGGUCAAAAUCUUAACUUAAGUCUCCACGCUUCUUUAAAUCACAUUUAUACGAAAGAUCAACCCGAGACUUACGACUUGGUACGAGAAUGGCGAAAUUUCGUGGACGAGUAUGCGAAAAACAACAACCGGGAUGAAAUAGUACUUUUGACAGAGGCGUAUACCUCUUUAAACAACACUCUCAGAUAUUACAAAUAUGGUGCAAACGUUCCCUUCAAUUUUAAAUUUAUAACAGAUGCAAAUUCAUCUUCUACACCAGAACAAUUUAAAACAAUUAUAGACAAUUGGGUACAAGGAACGCCCCAAAAUGAUGUUCCAAAUUGGGUGAUGGGAAACCACGAUCGAGUUCGUGUCAGUACACGUUAUCCUGGUAGGGCGGAUCACAUGAUAAUGUUGGAGAUGAUUUUGCCUGGAGUCGCGGUCACAUAUUAUGGAGAAGAAAUCGGUAUGGAGGAUAACACUACGAUAUACAAAUAUGAUGUUCGUGAUGGCUGUCGUACACCAUUCCAAUGGGAUAAUUCCAUUAAUGCAGGCUUUAGUAAAGUCAAUGAAAGUACACUUGAAAAGGAAUGGCUGCCUGUUCAUUCAUCGUACAAAAAUGGACUAAAUUUGGAGCAAGAGAAAAAAGAUAAUAUUUCUCAUUAUCAUCUUUAUACCAACUUGACCGCUUUAAGAAAGAGAGAUGUAUUGAAAGAAGGAAAGCUUGUUACAGAAAUUUUAAACAAAAAUGUUCUGGCUAUUGUGCGACAAAACGAAAAAGAAGCGGUAUCUCUUUUGAUCAACUUCUCUAAAAAUAAUACUGUUGUGAAUAUAUCAAAGUUGGUGGAUAAAGGAAAUAAUAAAAUUUACACAAGUAGCAUAAACUCCAAGUUGACAGCAAAUGAACUCGUAAAUCCGAUGGCUAUCAAUAUUCCUGGAGAUUCAUCUGUAAUUAUAACAUCCGGCGCUACUAUAGUCAAUUAUUCAAUCAUGACUUUCCUAUUCGUAGUGUUCAUAUCUUUUUUCCAACGAUAAAGAGAAAAUUUAUUGCUUAAAAAAUUUAAUGUAAAAAAAAAUUAGAAUAUUAUAAAACUAAUUUUAAUUAAUUAUUAAUUAAUAAAAUUCAUAUCAGAUUUUAAUAUCAGAUUCAUAAGUUGAAUAUGUAUCCUAAAUAAAAUAUUUAUAUUUAUACGUUUA